AUGAAUAAAGUAGUAAGCCGCAUCCUCGGUGGCUUUAAUCCGACCAAUUAUGGUUUAUCGGCUGAAUUUCUGUUGACAAAGAUGACGCAGAUGAAGGGCUGUGGCUGCAAGGUGCCAAGGGCGGUUUUGCUGGAGCUGCUGAAGGAUUUGAAAUCCGAGGGAAAGGCCGAUGAAAUAGGAAUUGGCUUGGACAGCUGUGUGGUACCGUUGCGGCACGAUGGCCUUUUUCUCAUCCAGACCACAGAUUUCUUUUAUCCACUUGUUGAUGACCCAUAUUUAAUGGGCAGAGUUACUUGUGCCAAUGUCCUGAGCGAUUUGUAUGCCAUGGGCGUCGUGGACUGUGAUAAUAUGCUGAUUUUACUCGGCGUACCAAAGAACAUCAGUGAAACGGAGCGCGAUGUUGUUGUUUCCAACUUUUUUUCUGGUUUCAAGGAUACUGCAACGGAAGCUGGGACAGCGGUUCGAGGAGGCCAGACUGUUCGUUGUCCUUGGCUGCUGUUGGGUGGAGUAGGCACAAGUGUGUGCCGUGCUGAUGAAAUGGCAGUGGUGGACGAAGCGCGUCCGGGCGAUGUCCUCGUUCUUACCAAGCCUCUCGGUGGGCAAGUGGCGGUGAAUUCGUACGAAUGGCUGAAAUGCGGAAACCCGCGUAUUGAAGAGCUGAAGCUCGACAAAGCGAAGAUAGUGCGAGCCUAUGAACAGGUUGUCGAACAGAUGUGUCGUCUGAAUCGAAAUGCCGCGCGCUUAACCGUCAAGUACGGUACUCAUGCGUCCACGGAUGUGACCGGUUUCGGGAUUCUAGGACACGCAGAUAAUCUGGCAAAGGCCCAGAAAGCAGAAGUGCAGUUCGUUCUUCACACUUUACCAAUAAUCGAAUAUAUGGCCGAAAUUUCUACUGCAAUGGGCAACGGCUUUAACCUCUUUACUGGGACAUCAGCUGAAACAUCAGGCGGCCUUCUGAUUGCAGUUGAAAAGGAGAAAGCAGUGCAGCUGUGCAGCGACAUGGAAGAGCUGGAUGGUUUUCCAGCAUGGAUAAUAGGUGACGUUAUUAGCGGUCCACGUGGAGCUGUUAUUGCCGAAGAUGUGAAAGUCAUUUCUGUGCCUUCGAGAAUACAUCCAAAUUGA